CUCCUUGCUCUUCUUGACUCUUGGGGUGCAGCAACCGCCGUUUGUCCGAUCAUUUCUUGUUUUGGGUGGAUGGGUUUUGCUUGAAUGUGAUGUUAGGGUAUCUAAUUGUUUCGGAACUCGAUCUUGAUUCUUAUGUUGCUUGAAUGCGAUGCUGUGGCUGCUGGUUGUUUCAAAAUUUGGUCCUGAUGGGUCGAGUUUGGAGAAUUGGGUGGAUGUGUUGAGACUUUUAAGGGUGCUUUGGGUUGAAGAGGAAAGUUUUAGUAGGUCUUAGUUCGGAGAUUGUGUUGAGUUGGCGAGUGGAUGGGAUUGCCCAGUUCGGUCAAGACAUACUUCUGCACUGCUGCUCGGAUGACGGGUGUUUGUAGAAAUGCCUCAGUGGGGAGGGAGAAAGUAUGCCGUGGAUCUUGUCCGCUGGAUAACUAGCGGCCCAUAGAAUCUCUAUCCAAAGAUCAAUGGAAGAGCAAGGUUUCACUAUUUCAGAGGAUAUGGUGAAGGAUGGCUAUGUAGAAAUAAUGAACAUUGACAUCUCAUCAGUUGUGAUAGAGAUAAUGAGAAGGAAGUGCGCUCAUAUUCCACAGUUGAAGUAUGUGCUAAUGGAUGUAAGAGACAUGAGCUUUUUUCAGGAUGGAUCAUUUGAUUGUGUCAUUGAUAAAGGAACGCUGGAUUCUUUGAUGUGUGGCACAGAUGCUCCACUUAGUGCCUUCCAAAUGCUAGAAGAAGUGAGCAGGAUUCUUAAACCUGGAGGGAUCUAUAUGUUGAUUACUUAUGGUGAUCCAUCAGUACGAGUUCCCCAUUUGAAUAAAGCAGGACAGAGAUGGAAAAUUGCGUUGUACAUUAUACCUAGACCCGGGUAUAAGAAGCGUGAAGGCUGCAGUUCACCAAAUUCUAUGAUGGAACCAGUGCCUCUUACAGAGAAGGGUCUUCUUCCGCCAGGAUUUGUUCUUGAGGAUCCAGAAUCUCAUUACAUCUACGUAUGCAAAAAGAUUAGUGAAUCAUUCGAGGGAAUCCCUAAUCAUGUUCAGCCACCUACAAUGACGAUGCAAUGAGCCAUUUCAGGGGCUUUGUAUUGCUGCAUUGAAAGUUAUGAAAGUGAUAUCGGCGUUAACAAAGGCAUAUGCCCUUCUUGAUGUUGUAUCAUGUAGCUGAUGUAGAUGUAUCUGCACUGUACUAAAAGUUGCUGUGGUUGUUGUAUCAGGGUGAAGUAAGAUGAAUUUUGACAAAUUGUUGUCAGUGUCGUGUGAAACUGUGUGUGUUUAAUUUUUGGAUGGUUCAGUUACUGCUCUAUUUGUAACAUCUGAUUAAUUCUUUUGUCUAGUGUAUGUUUUAUGCGUACUUUCAGUAA